AUGGAGGAGAGGUGUAGCCCAGAGCCAAUGGAGGAGAGGUGUAGCCCAGAGCCAAUGGAGGAGAGGUGUAGCCCAGAGCCAAUGGAGGAGAGGUGUAGCCCACAGUCAUUGGAGAGGUGUAGCCCAGAGCCAAUGGAGAGGUGUAGCCCAGAGCCAAUGGAGAGGUAUUGCCAAGAGCCAAUGGAGAGGUAUUGCCAAGAGCCAAUGGAGAGGUAUUGCCCAGAGCCAAUGGAGAGGUAUUGCCCAGAGCCAAUGGAGAGGUAUUGCCCAGAGCCAAUGGAGAGGCAAGGGCCCCCCGACGGAACGGACAGACCAUGCAGCGCUUCUCCUUCUCCAACAGCACCCCCCACGGACGGACCUUGCGCUUCUCAAACAGCACCAACCCCCCCACGGACGGACCUUGCGCUUCGCGGACAGCACCACCCCGGGAAUGUCCUUGCGCUUCUCUACGACAGCAUCCGCCACCCCCCGGACUGA